AAUAUAAAAAAAUUAAACCAAAAUUUGGUUUGUUGCAUUCCAAACUUUUAUAAGAUAUCUAAUAAAUUCAUUUAAUUUUUAAAAAAUGUCAUCCCAAAUUAUUGAUAAAUUUAAACAAUUCGAUGCCUACGCAAAAACGUUAGAAGAUUUCAAAGUAAAAACUGCUACUGGAGCAACGAUUACCGUAGCCGGCAUAUUCGUUAUGAUUUUAUUAUUUCUUUCGGAGUUAUACACCUAUAUGUCACCAAAUAUAUCAGAGGAACUGUUUGUAGACACAUCAAGGGGGCAUAAGUUACGAAUCAAUUUUGAUAUAACUGUUCCCAGUAUAUCUUGUAGUUGUAAGUAAAAUAAUAACCAUAAUAAUUAAAUUUCUUCGAUUUCUUUGUAGUGGUAAAUAUAAUUUUGCAAUUGCCAGCAUUGUUAGAAUAAAAUGUUGUAACACACAUAUGUUAUGAUCUGAUUUCGACAUGUAAUAUAAGUUAUACAAGCAUGCACAUAAAAAAUGUACAACUGUAAUUAUUGUACAUCUUUAUCAGCCUGUAAUUAAUUCUGCUAGACAUGGACCUCUCCUAUUGUAGGAAAAUUUUGCCAUAACCGCUAUGCUUGCCAGGCAAAUUAAUAAUUCAGUACCAUAAGUUUAGCACCUUUGAUGCUGCUCCGCAUGGCAUAUUUGAUUAUUUUCACCUAAUAUAUUAUAUAAUGUUUCAUAAAAGGCAAUCUAUGGGGAAGGCCAAUGUUCAGCAGUGGCCUUUUGAUGGGGCUGUGAUAAAUGUAUGUACACAAGUAAAGUUUUGCCUUUACACCCCUUACGACACCCACACAAUUAGUUGUACGAUGAAUUAAACUUAAUAGCUAUAUAUGAAAUAGGUAUAAACAACUGUUUUUCAGAUUUAGUACUGGAUGCAAUGGAUUCUUCUGGUGAACAGCACCUUCAAAUGGACCAUAACAUUCAUAAACGAAGACUAGACCUUAAUGGAAAUCCUAUAGAUGAGCCAAAAAAAGAAGAAAUUGCUGUUUCUUCAACAGUAUAAAUAUAUUAUUAUUACAUAAAUUUAUUUAUUAUGAUAAAUAUUUCAUAAAUGUAAACUUUUCUAAAUACACUAUUUUUUUUAGAUAAAACAAAACACUUCUGAAUUGGCUACAAUUUCCUGUGGUAGCUGCUAUGGAGCUGCAUUUAACGAUUCACAAUGUUGUAACACCUGUGAAGAUGUAAAAGAGGCAUACAGACUCAGAAGAUGGGCUCUACCGGACUUGGCCACUAUUGUGCAAUGCAAAGAUGAUGAAUCACUAGAGAAAGCUAAUUUAGCUCUAAAAGAAGGUUGCCAAAUAUAUGGUUACAUGGAAGUAAACAGAGUAAGUUUUAUUUUAAGAAGUCUUAACCAGUGUCAAUCUUAUUAAAAAGUGGUUUACACAGUCAUCAUCAUCAUCAUCAUUACAGCCCUUCACAAGUCCACUGCUGAACAUAGGCCUCACCCAAGGAAUGCCACAAAGAAUGGUCACGAGCCACCUGCAUCAAUCGACUUCCUGCAUAACUUACCAGGUCAUCACUUCAUCUAGUGGGGCGACGCCCUACACUUCGCCUACCGGUACGAGGCUGCCACUCGAGAACAUUUUUUCGCCAUCGGUUGUCAGUUCUUCGAGCUAUAUGGCCGGCCCAUUGAUACUUCAGCUUACCAAUCUGUUGGACUACAUCGGUUACUCUAGUUCUACUGUGGAUAUCCUCACUUCUAAGCUUAUCACGCAGAGAAACCUCGAGCAUAGCCCUCUCCAUAGCUCGCUGAGUGACCUUGUGCGUCCUCAUACGGCCAGCAGUGAAGGACCACGUCUCAAAUCCAUAAGUCAUCACUGGCAACACGCACUGGUUGUACAAUCUCGUUUUCAUGUUUUGAAGUAUACCUUACUCACAGGAGACUAUCAAUCUUGGGUUUAAAGAAGAAUCUUUAACAUGAAGAAAUAAAUACCUUAGCCAAGACAACAGUUUUGACCUGUUCGAUGAAGUGAUGUGUCAAAAGUGUGAAAUGUCAGUACUAUGGUCACCAAGCGUGGGGAUUAAGUUAAACUUCCCUAGACUUCACUGCUAAACAUAUGGUCACUGCAGAACACUAUAUACUGUUGCAAAGUACGAUAUGUAUUGAUAUAAAUCAGAAAAUCAUUAAUAUAAUUCAGAGUAUAAUAUAUUUAUACGAGGUCUGUUCAAAAAGUAUCGCGAAUUUUGAAUGUUCGCGGGCUACGGAUAUUUGAUUUUUAAUUUUUUUGUAGCCUUAUGUUUGUACUCAUGUCUCUUACUUAUGCUGACAAGGUCGGCCAUUUUGAAUGUAUAGUUAAUUUUUGACAGCUGUUUUGCUCGGAUGUGUUUUGGCGCGCCUUCGAUUUUUGCCUAUUCCAAAAAAUAGAUCAAAGAAUCUGUAUUAAAUUUUGUGUGAAAAACAAACAAAAUGCGCGGACGCAUUCCGAAAGUUAACUGUGGCAUAUGGUGAAACUACUUUGGACCAAAGCAACGUUUAUCGGUGGUACAAAAUGCAGCAUUGCCACUUUAGUGAUUAUAUCACUAGAUCUAGUGAAUUUCUAGAGUUAGAUAGUGAUAUUCUGAAAAAAAAAUCACUAAAAUAUUAUUUAAUAUUUAAAAUAAAAUUAGAAAAUACAUAUUGGCAAUCCUCUUAACCUGUCGGUGAAUUCCCUAGUUUAUGUCAAAAUAGCACUAUCCUUUUCUCACUUAUCAAAAACGUAAUUAGACGUCUUUGUUUGAUAAUGCUAACCUACCUUUCGGGGAUUUCCCGACUAAUAAUAUGAUUAACUCGUAUGUUAAAAUUUGUUUCAGUCUUUAAGUGAGUGCUGAAUAGUGUAUACUAUUGCUCGUAUUUCGUUAGUUUCUAGUCUUCGUGCGCGAAAGUAAGUGGUUGUAUCGAAACAGUUUAAGUUUUAAAUUGUUUGUGAAGUAUCUCUUAUUUAUUUUGCAUUAUUAUGAACGUGCAACUGAAAUAAUUUAAAAUUAAAAAUUUUGUACAGCCGACUUCAAUAUAAGUUAUUUAAGAAUAACUUAAAAACUAUUGGUCUGACCUUGAUCAAAUUCAUAUGGGACCACACGAGAAGUACCAGCUUUCAAAUAAAAAAAGAAUCAUCGAAAUCGGUUCACCCAGAAAAAAGUUCUGAGGUAACACACAU